GGGCGGGCCGGGCUGCGCUCGCUCCUGCCGCCGCUCCAAAGCAGCGGGCGGUGGGACCCGCGACUGAGCUCUGCGACCGCGAUCGCGACACUAGCUCUGCACCAUCCGGCGCCCCGCCUCCGAAGAAGCCCCUGCCGCUAGCCCCCGGUUCGCCCCGGAAUCCCAGAGACUCCGGCGCGGAGCAGACGCGGGCAGCAGGGUCCCCGGACCCGAGAAGACGCGCACAGAGCGGGGUGAGCUCGGGGAGCCGCAGCUCCGCCGCGGGCCCUCGGGGGCGCAGACCUGCGGAGCUCGAGGCCGGCGGGAAGAAAUAAAUGGAUCCUACCGCUCCUGUCCAUAUAGCACUUGAACUCUUGAGACCCGGUCACAAGGAGGGUCAGAGUGCCACCAGUCUCUAGAGCAACAGCCAAGGUGCCCAGCCAGCCUGCUGUCAUAACUGGAGCCAUCUUUCUGUGUCCCUCGCGCUUCGCUGCCUCUGUGAAGUGUCUCGAAUACCCAGGGCAGCAUUGCUGGGGCCCAGGGAGCAUCCCUGUGUCCGUAAGGACAGGACUGCUUCCUACCCACCUGUCUUUAACAAGAAGAACCUUCUAACUUCCAGUACAGAGUGGCCAUUGGAGAAAGGGAGGAGAAUAAAUGAAGAGAAAGAACUGGAAUAACGCCUUUCACAAAAAAAGGGAAGUAAGCUUCACUGCCAACCCCCCUUCAAGCAAAAGCCACAGCCCCACCUGGGAGCAGGGUGGUGGCCGGGGCAAUGGUGGGAGCCUUGAAGAUGCCCCAUGGCUACUGAGGGGGCUGCCCGGUCAGGGAGCAGAGUGGCGGGCAUGGUGUACAGCCUGUGGGUCCUGGUCCUGGGGCCCUCAGUCCUGGCUCUGGAAGAGGUGUUGCUGGACACCACAGGAGAGACCUCGGAGAUUGGCUGGCUCACCUUCCCACCAGGUGGGUGGGACGAGGUAAGCGUUCUGGAUGACCAGCGCCGCCUCACUCGGACCUUCGAGGCAUGCCACGUGGCAGGGGCUGCUCCGGGGACCACGCAGGACAACUGGCUACAAACGCACUUUGUGGAGCGGCGAGGGGCCCAGAGGGCACACAUCCGACUCCACUUCUCCGUGAGGGCCUGCUCCAGCCUGGGCGUGAGCGGGGGCACCUGCCGGGAGACCUUCACCCUUUACUACCGCCAGGCGGAGGAGCCUGACAGUGCCGACAGCAUUUCAGCCUGGCACCUCAAACGCUGGACCAAGGUGGACACAAUCGCAGCAGAUGAGAGCUUUCCUGCCACCUCCUCGUCCUCCUCCUCCUCUUGGGCUGUGGGGCCCCAAGGGACUGGCCAGCGGGCGGGGCUGCAGCUGAAUGUCAAGGAACGAAGCUUUGGCCCUCUUACCCAGCGUGGCUUCUACGUGGCCUUCCAGGACACAGGGGCCUGCCUGGCCCUGGUAGCGGUCAAGCUCUUCUCCUACAUCUGCCCCACUGUGCUCCGUGCCUUUGCCUCCUUUCCUGAGACACAGGCCAGUGGGGCUGGGGGCGCCUCCCUGGUGGCAGCUGUGGGCACCUGUGUGGCUCACGCAGAGCCAGAGGAGGAUGGAGUUGGGGGCCAGGCAGGGGGCAGCCCCCCCAGGCUGCACUGCAAUGGGGAGGGCAAGUGGAUGGUAGCUGUUGGUGGCUGCCGCUGCCAGCCCGGACACCAGCCUGCCCGCGGAGACAAAGCGUGCCAAGCCUGCCCUGGGGGGUCCUAUAAGGCCGCAGCCGGGAAUGCGCCCUGUUCGCCAUGCCCCGCCCGCAGCCACUCCCCCGACCCUGCAGCCUCCGUUUGCCCCUGCCUCCAGGGCUUCUAUAGGGCCAGUUCUGAUCCACCAGAGGCCCCAUGUACUGGCCCUCCAUCAGCACCCCGGGAGCUUUGGUUUGAGGUGCAAGGCUCAGUGCUCAUGUUGCACUGGCGCCUGCCGCAGGAGCUGGGGGGACGAGGGGACCUGCUCUUUAAUGUCGUGUGCAAGGAGUGUGGAGGUCACCAGGAGCCUGGCAGCGGGGGCUCCUGUCGCCGCUGCAGAGAUGAGGUGCAUUUUGACCCCCGCCAGAGGGGCCUGACUGAGAGCCGAGUGUUAGUCGGGGGGCUCCGAGCACAUGUACCCUACAUCCUAGAGGUGCAGGCUGUCAAUGGGGUGUCUGAGCUCAGUCCUGACCCUCCCCACGCUGCAGCCAUCAACGUCAGCACCAGCCAUGAAGUCCCCUCUGCAGUCCCUGUGGUGCACCAAGUGAGCCGGGCAGCCAACAGCAUCACUGUGUCCUGGCCACAGCCUGACCAGACCAAUGGGAACAUCCUUGACUAUCAGCUCCGCUACUACGACCAGGCAGAAGACGAAUCCCACUCCUUCACUCUGACCAGCGAGACCAACACUGCCACAGUGACGCGGCUGAGUCCUGGCCACAUCUACGGCUUCCAGGUGCGGGCUCGGACUGCUGCUGGCCACGGCCCCUAUGGGGGCAAGGUCUAUUUCCAGACGCUGCCUCAAGGUGAACUGUCCUCUCAGCUUCCAGAGAAGCUGUCCUUGGUGAUUGGCUCCAUCCUGGGAGCCUUGGCCUUCCUCCUGCUGGCGGCCAUCACUGUCCUGGCUGUCAUCUUCCAGCGGAAGCGGCGGGGCACAGGCUACACAGAGCAACUGCAGCAGUACAGCAGCCCAGGCCUAGGGGUGAAGUAUUACACGGACCCUUCCACAUACGAGGACCCCUGCCAGGCCAUCCGAGAGCUUGCCCGGGAGGUCGACCCUUCGUAUAUCAAGAUUGAGGAGGUCAUUGGGGCAGGAUCCUUUGGAGAAGUGCGCCGGGGCCGACUGCAGCCCCGGGGACGGCGGGAGCAGGCUGUGGCCAUCCAGGCCCUGUGGGCCGGGGGCGCCGAGAGCCUGCAGAUGACCUUCCUGGGCCGCGCUGCCCUCCUGGGCCAGUUCCAGCACCCCAACAUCCUGCGACUGGAGGGCGUGGUCACCAAGAGCCGGCCACUCAUGGUGCUGACGGAGCUCAUGGAGCUCGGCCCCCUGGACAGCUUCCUCAGGCAACGGGAAGGCCAAUUCAGCAGCCUGCAGCUGGUGGCCAUGCAGCGGGGAGUGGCCGCCGCCAUGCAGUACCUGUCCAGCUUUGCCUUUGUGCACCGCGCGCUCUCUGCCCGGAGUGUGCUGGUGAACAGCCACCUGGUGUGCAAGGUGGCCCGUCUUGGACACAGUCCUCAGGGCACAAGUUGCUUGCUUCGCUGGGCGGCCCCAGAGGUCAUUGCUCAUGGAAAGCAUACGACAUCCAGCGAUGUCUGGAGCUUUGGGAUACUUAUGUGGGAAGUGAUGAGCUACGGAGAACGACCCUACUGGGACAUGAGUGAGCAAGAGGUACUAAAUGCAAUAGAGCAGGAGUUCCGGCUGCCCCCGCCUCCCGGCUGUCCUCCCGGACUGCAUCUGCUGAUGCUGGACACAUGGCAGAAGGACCGAGGCCGGCGGCCUCACUUUGACCAGCUAGUGGCUGCAUUUGACAAGAUGAUCCGCAAGCCAGACACCCUGCAAGCUGACGGGGGCCCCGGGGACAGGCCUUCCCAGGCCCUCCUGAACCCUGUGGCCCUGGACUUCCCUUGUCUGGACUCGCCCCAGGCCUGGCUUUCGGCCAUUGGAUUGGAAUGCUACCAAGAUAACUUCUCCAAGUUUGGCCUCCGCACCUUCAGUGAUGUGGCUCAGCUCAGCCUGGAAGACCUGCCUGCCCUGGGCAUCACCCUGGCUGGCCACCAGAAGAAACUGCUGCACAACAUCCAGCUCCUGCAGCAGCAUCUGAGGCAGCCAGGCUCAGUGGAGGUCUGAGUGAUGUCUGGGCAGGAAGCUGUGAGCUGAUGAUGCCGGUGACCCAGCCCUGGACACAGGUCCCAGGAGGGCGGCGCGAGGUGUGAGCCAGGCUCCAUCUCGGCCUCUGCGCCGCCACGUUAAUCCAGCCCUCCUCUGGACGCUGCAUCCCCUCCUCCCCCUCUGCCAGCCUCCCCUACAUUAAAGGGAAGGGAAUUUGCAAGUUCAGGUGUGUCCAGGCCUCAGUCUGCAAGGAGGGGCGGAGCUGAGGAUGUGGUUGGCAGGCGCAAUGCAGACAAGCUGAAGCGGGUGGGACAGGGAGCAGGAAAUGACUUUAUUGGAAAGUGGUGAGACUCAGCCCAGCUUUUUUACCCCUAGAGAGGUGCCUGUCUCCCUCCCACGCGCCUUUCCAUAAGCCCAGCGCUUCCCUCUUCAACUGUCUGGAGCACCCUGGGAAGGGCUCUCUCCCUUCCCACUUAUUACACAGGGGUGGAGACAGGUGCCUGAGAAGGCAGACCUGUCCUUAAAGUGCUCUGACGUGCAAUGGGACUUCCGUAAGAGAAGGAGGAAGGCCUCGGACAAGGUGAGGACCAUAGCCUCAGCUUCUCUUAGCCCAGCUGAAGGCAUCCUGGAGACCUGGAGCAGGAAUUCCCAAUGUGCCUAGCGUUCCUGGUAUGCCCCCUUUCCCUCUGACCUCUAGGUUUUUGUUGGUUUUUGCUUUGUUCUGUUUUCAUGCUCGCGGUGGAGUGAGCGCUCAGAUCUGGUAUUCCCAGCCCUCCCCGUCCUCCAGGCCCUGGUUGAUCAUCCCCCGCAGGUCCCUCCGCAGGUCCCUCCGCAGGGUCCCUUGCCGGAGCCUUUCCCAGUUGAUGCUGCUACGGGAGGUGCUUCGAGACACUGAGGGUGUAGGGAAGGACAGGUGGGGGCCCAAGGGACGGCCCAGCUCUGGUUUUCCCCCUGAGUCUUUGUCCAAGCCCUCGGAGCAGAGGACUUCCUGCUGCUGGAAGGCCCGUGCGUAGCGUCGGAUCCGCUGCCGGUUGAGAUCCUGCCUGUCUUCCACCCUGUGGGAUGCAGGAGGAGGACUUGAGCACCUGAGGAGCAGGAACUGAAGAACAGAUGCAAGACCAGUGCCUCUCUCCUAUCCACCUGCCCCCAGCCCACCAUCAUUGGCCUUUCUUCCCUGCAACUGGCAUGGGCAUGGGACACCUGGCCCGCAGCAGCCAGGGCCCAGGAAAUAGCAGGCUCUGGUCCACCAGCUCUCGGGAUGCUCCUGAUGGGGCCACUUCCUCAGUAGCUGUGAUCCCGUCAAUGGAUCUGAAACCUAGGGGGCACAGAGGCCUCCAAGGAGCCCCUGGGAGCAGGAGGUUGUCUGAGCAAAGGGUACCCUGCAAAAGUCAUUGCUCGGGGGAUGCCACCCAGCACCAUCGCUUACCGCAGGAACCAGCGAUCCCCCAGGCCGUACUCGCUCCCACAGAUUCCGGAGCGAGGCCACAGGCAGCGAGGCAGCUUCCGCUCCAGCAUCACAGUGGUGGCUACCACCUGCGUGUGAGGACAAGAGGGCAAGUCAGAAAGGAGCCCAGGUACAGAGGAGGCAAUGUGAAUUGAGAAGAAGAGCAGGGGAGGAAGGGCAACCCCAGCAGAGACAAGUGUUCCAGCAGCAAAGAAACUCGCAGCUCAUGGCUUCCCAGAGGGGUGAGCAACGCCCCUGAUCUGGGAGAGUGGUUAGAACUGGGUUGAGUCUCUUCUGUGGAGGAGAGUUUGAUGGGACUUGAGCCCCACAUGUCUUCACCCCAGACUUGACAUUCAUGGCAAAGCCUGGCAGUCAGCUGGGAUGCAGAGAUUCCCUUAGAAGGAGAGACCUUGUCCCAAGGAAGACAGGGAGAGUAGGGAAGCAAGUAGAAAGGGGUCUGAAAGGGCUCAGAAUAGUCUGACCCCACAUAACGGCCAUUUAUAGAUGUAAACAUCCUACUUGCAAAUCUAAUAAUCUAUACAUUUUCAAGGGGAAAAUAUUUCCCAGAGCAAAUCUCAUUUAGUCAGCUUAGGUUUCACUGUUUUCAUAGUUAAAUGCCUUCCAGUAUUUGGAAUUUCCAUUUUUAUUUUGCUGAAAUUAUCUUUGUUGAUAUCAAUUCUUUUCUAAGUAUAUUUUUACAUAGGGAUUUGAUUCAUCUGAUUGUCUUAUGCCCAUCCUGAUGAUUUGGCUGAAGAUAGCUUCUGCUGGGAUAGGAAGUUUUUAUGGCAUUAUUUUUAACACUUGCAAUUUUUCUGGGUCAGAUUUUGCAGACUUAAAUAUUGUCAAGAAAACUUGAAACUUCCAUUCUCACUUGGGAGCAAAAUUUACUGACUGUGGUUUUGGCCACUGUCAGCUUUUAUUCCUGUUGAGUAUUCUAGAAGAGAUUGAGGUUUUCACUGUUGAGAAAGCCAUGAGGAAAUCUUUCCGGAGAGUCCGGUGUUGCUCUGUUGUUUUGCUAGUUCAAUUCUUCUGCACACUUGGCAUUAUUUUGCAUAGCAUGGAAUAACUAUCCAAACAUAUGUAGGGCCAGACUACCUGCUGCUUCUCCCUGAGCAUGGGCAUUUCUUGGGCAGGAAGAGGAUGACUUGCACUAACCUACCCAGCCACUGGGAGCUCACCUGGGCCCUCCAGAGCUCAUCCCGCUCGUGAGCCACUCGCCAGUGAGUGUCGCCCAUCAUGGCGAUGAGGAGGUUGAGCAUGAGCAGCGUGGCGAUGAUGGCAAAGGCCGCGUAGGUGAUGCUGUACAUGAAGGGCAGGUCCACAUCGUAGUUGGCAGGACCAUCGAUGAUGGUGAGAAACAGCUCGAAGGUGCUGAACAGUGCCAUGGGGUAGUCAUAGAAAUGGCCCAGCUCUUCAGGAUCCUCUGUCUGGAAGAUGAUAUAGAAGGCUGCUCCACCCAAGGGGGUGAGAGUUACCAUGGCAACUGUAUCAUGACCAGCCCACGUCAGCUCAUAGCUGCACAUUUCCUUCCCAUUCCCUUCACCCCCAGGAUCACCGUCUCGGCCCACAGCACUCCAUGUUUCAGGUUUUUUGUUCCCUUAUUUCCUACAGGACUCACCCUCCUGAUCUCAAGAACCACUCUCCCUAACACUCCCAAUGUUCCCUUACCUCUGAGGA